AUGCAAUCCACGCUGCCAACCCCCCCGCCCCCCCAGGCCGCACCGUUCCCAACCCCCUUAUCGCCCCAAGCCGCACUUGCAGCGCGCCGCGUCCUAUGCUUCCUCCGCGGACCCGCCUACUCCCGCUCCAUCCGCUCUCUCUCCUCCCGCAUCAAGCGCUACGGCGUGCUCGAGCGCUGGGAGCCAUCUGCGGACUUCAAGGUCAUGACGAAGAAAUCGCAGCGCAAGUGGCUCAUCCGCGACAUCCGGAGGUUUGUCACAACGGCGAUCUACAUGAUCACGCGCAACGUCAAUCGGAGCGGGACCGCCAUCGCCGAGGAGGAGAAUGCGCCGGCCUUCAACGUCCGCAUCCUCCUCGCCUCGCUCCUCAUUGUCAACCGCCCGAAUAGCUGCUUCGAGGCCAUCGGCGAGCUCGAGAGGAGGGUGCAAGCUUCGUCCUCUCCCAUCUACGAUUCCCUGUGCGCCUUGGUUGACUGUGCCCAGGGCCAGACUCUGAACUCCAUGAAUUGGACGGAGCACCGCGACUUCCUCCGCCGCCUGAAGACCUACCUUCAAGACUUCCAAGCGUGGAAGGUUCCCGACGAGCACAAGCUUUCCGAGCGCAUCAAGCACGCCCUUCUCGCCCUGUACCGCGCGGAGUCACACCUCACUGAGGAGAGCCAGGGCUACGAGAGCAUGAAGCAGGAGUUUCGGGCGCAGAAGGCCAAGCUCAGGGCCAAGAUGGUGCAGAUCGCGGGGACCCAAGGCCUUGCGAACGUGGACGAGCUGCUGAGGAAGGAGCGGAUCUACCCCGAGGACGACGAGGAGGCUGGCGCGAGUGAGGAGGCCGGUGCGAGUGAUCCGUCCGCCGCCAGCAGCCUCCCCCCCUCGACCAACGCGUCCGGUCUGUCGUCUCUCCCGGGUAGGAUGACAAACGAGCAGCUGGCACACGAGCUCCUACUCGAUCCGAACUUCAAGCUCGACACAGAGGGAGCCGGCUACAUCGACAACGCAGUCCUCUCUAACGUGCGGGAGAGCUUCAAGAUCGCCUUCUGGAACAGCCUGGUCGACGACCUAAGGAUCUCACCCCCCUGCUACACACGUGUGAUCAGAGUGCUGGGUGAGGUGAGGGACGGGCUCAUAGAUCUGGCACCAAGGUUCAGAGCUUAUCUGCGGGAGAAGAUCGACACCAACCACAUCACGCAACUGGUCGAAAUGGGAUCGAUUGACUGGCCAUCCUGCAUCGCCAUACUCGACGGUGUCAUCUCCUCCGCGAUCGAGAUCCAGGAGCCGAAGCGCAAGGAGGAGACGGUGUCGGAGUGGGCGGAGAGGAAGGCGAAGAUGCAGUCCUGCGAGCCGGAGGAGCAGCCGGAGGCCUUCUGCGCCAACCUCGAGUACACACUGGCGCGCGUCAAUGCCAUGCGGGUCGAUGCGGCCAACGCGCGCCUCCGGAACAUCGCCCACGUCAUCCAGAAUCACGGCGUCGAGUAUGAGCAAAGUCACAUGUCGAAGAAGAUCAGGCAGAACCCGGAGUACCUUCGGCGCACACCCGAAUGGAUCCUUCAGUCGAUCACCAAGCUCUCCAAGGAGAAUGGCAUGAUCAUCCCCUCGCUCCUCCGCGGCGACGGCGCGACGUUCCAGACGGUCCACGCAGCGGCAAUCCUCGGCCUCGUCACCGCGGAUGUGCCCAUCACGGAUGAAAACUGCCCGGAGUUGCUCCUCCUCGACGUCGCCCGCCUGAAGAGGCUGCAGAGGUCUUUCCGAUUCGACCUCUUCGGCUGCGGCUGCCUGCGGAUGGCCUCCCAGAAGAUUCUCUCCAAGGACAGGGGCACGUCCGCCAUGGGACUCAUCCGGCAUCUCGUCACGGCUCUCAAUGCGUUCGACGCCUCCGAGAUGGACACUGAAGGUGCAAAGAAGGUGUUCAAGGACUCGUUCAAGUCAGAGCUCUCCGACGAGGAGAAGGGGAUCAUCACCGCUACCUUCUACCCCUACAGCGAAGUGGCGCUCGGCCAACUCCUCGAAGUUCCCGCCCCCACCACCGCUGCCCUCUUCCCGUUCGUCGAGGAGCACUGGUACAACGUCGCCGUGAAGGUCUCCGAGAGUCGACCUGCCUAUCUCAACACCUGGUCCCUGAAUGAGCGCAUCACCCGCAACGCCAAGGCCCUGCGCAAGAUCAUCGAUGUGAACCGCAAGGUCCACACCGCGCUCUACAACAGGAUCAUCGCGGAGCAGGCGGCUAGGGUUUAG